GGGGGGUGUCAGGGACCCAGGCGUCGUGCCCAUCCCCCCUGCCAUGUGGGAGCUGCGGUCAGCCUCCUUCUGGAGGGCCAUAUUUGCUGAGUUCUUUGCCACCCUCUUCUAUGUCUUCUUUGGGCUGGGGGCCUCGCUGCGUUGGGCCCCGGGCCCCCUGCACGUCCUGCAGGUGGCUCUGGCCUUCGGCCUGGCCCUGGCGACCCUGGUGCAGGCGGUGGGCCACAUCAGCGGCGCCCACGUCAACCCCGCGGUCACUUUCGCCUUCCUGGUGGGCUCCCAGAUGUCCCUGCUCCGCGCCAUCUGCUACAUGGUGGCCCAGCUCCUGGGCGCCGUGGCCGGGGCCGCCGUGCUGUACAGCGUCACCCCGUCGGCCGUCCGAGGAAACCUAGCGCUCAACACGCUGCACCCUGGGGUGAGCGUGGGCCAGGCCACCAUCGUGGAGAUCUUCCUGACGCUCCAGUUCGUGCUCUGCAUCUUUGCCACGUACGACGAGAGGCGGAAUGGCCGAAUGGGCUCCGUGGCCCUGGCCGUGGGCUUCUCCCUCACCCUGGGGCACCUCUUUGGGAUGUAUUAUACGGGCGCAGGCAUGAACCCUGCCCGCUCCUUCGCUCCUGCCAUUCUUACCAGAAACUUCACCAACCACUGGGUGUACUGGGUGGGCCCGGUCAUUGGAGCAGGCCUGGGCAGUCUCCUUUAUGACUUUCUCCUCUUCCCCCGGCUCAAGAGUGUUUCUGAGAGACUGUCUAUUCUCAAGGGUACCAGGCCCAGUGAGUCCAAUGGACAACCAGAGGUCACAGGGGAACCUGUUGAACUGAAGACCCAGGCCCUGUAAAAGCUCCAGCUGGAUAGAGGGAGCAGGAAGCUUCUGGGUUUACAUGGAGGGGCUGAGCCAGCCCCUGGAUGAAGAAAGAGACUGUGGGGAGGGGCAUGUACUUCUUUAUUUUUAAAUUUGUGUGUGUGUUUUUCUUGCCUUUUGCCGUGUGAAAUCUUUCAAGCUGCAUUC